CACACAGAGACCUCUCUGGAUUUCUUUGCCUUGAGUCUCCCGGGGCUGCGAGGAGCCAGCGCAUCUCAAACCGAGCUGACAGCUCCAGGCUCCGGAGCCAUGCUUUGCACGGACUCUCAUCUUGACCAAGCUCCUGAGGAAUGAAAGGAACCCAGGGACCCUCAGAAGGCAGCAGUGAUGUGGACCAACCCCCUGGAGUCUGCACCCUUCCGAGGGCCCUAGGCGAGCCAGGGAACCAGAGAGAGCUCAGACAGGAAAUCCCAGCUUUCCCCAAGUCCCUGUGGAUGCUGACAAAAGGAGACCCGAAUUUUUGGAAGAGCCUAUCCUAGGUUACCCAGCUGCAGAGUGAUUUUUCUCCUCUGGCAUUGAACUUCCCCUUCAACCCCCAGCCAUUCAGAAUACCAUGAAGAAUUAUGAGGAUGUGUGACAGAGGUAUCCAGAUGUUGAUCACCACUGUGGGAGCCUUCGCAGCUUUUAGUUUAAUGACCAUUGCAGUGGGCACGGACUACUGGUUAUAUUCCAGAGGUGUGUGCAGGACUAAAUCUACAAGUGAUAAUGAAACCAGCAGAAAGAAUGAAGAAGUAAUGACACACUCCGGGCUGUGGAGGACCUGCUGCCUAGAAGGGGCUUUCCGAGGGGUCUGCAAGAAAAUCGAUCACUUCCCAGAUGAUGCUGACUAUGAACAGGACACAGCUGAGUAUCUCCUUCGGGCUGUGAGGGCCUCCAGCGUCUUCCCCAUCCUCAGCGUCACGCUGCUCUUCUUCGGCGGGCUCUGCGUGGCGGCCAGCGAGUUCCACCGCAGCAGACACAAUGUCAUCCUCAGCGCGGGCAUCUUCUUUGUCUCUGCAGGGCUAAGCAACAUCAUUGGCAUCAUAGUUUAUAUAUCAGCCAACGCCGGGGACCCCGGGCAGCGCGACUCCAAGAAGAGCUACUCGUACGGCUGGUCCUUCUACUUCGGAGCGUUCUCGUUCAUCAUCGCGGAGAUCGUGGGGGUUGUUGCCGUGCACAUCUACAUCGAGAAGCAUCAGCAGUUACGCGCCAAAUCCCACUCGGAGCUCCUGAGGAAAUCAACUUUUGCCCGCCUGCCACCCUACAGGCACAGGUUCCGGCGGCGCUCGAGUUCCCGCUCCACGGAGCCCAGGUCCCGAGACCUGUCCCCCACUGGCAAAGGCUUCCACACCAUCCCCUCCACCGACAUCUCAAUGUUCACCCUCUCCCGGGACCCCUCGAAGAUCACCAUGGGGACCCUCCUCAACUCCGACCGGGACCACGCUUUUCUACAGUUCCACAAUUCCACGCCCAAAGACUUCAAGGAGGCGCUGCACAACGACCUGGCCAACAGGCGCACCACGCCCGUCUGAACUGCCCGCCCGCCCGGCACUGCCCGGGCGCAGAGCUGUCUCUGAGGUUGCAUGGCAUGGUCCUCGUGAUGGUAUUAUUUUUUACAAAGAAUGAAACCAAAUGGAUCAGCCCUGUCCCACACUCUGUCCCUCAGCCUCCAGGUCCUAACCCUCUGUUCCUCCCCACUCUUCAAGCCGAUCCACCGACGCCCUUCCUCUCUGUGUGUCUGUGCCAGAUGUUCCCCUUCUUCCUUCUUUACUGGAAGGAACUCCACAUUUUUCCCUCCUUGGAAGAGGAUCUCACUCAAAGUCACAGGUAGUGGCUUGGGGGGAUGGAUCCCCAAAUAUCCAGAUGUGUGCACAGUUGUUCCUAUUGUCCACUCACACAAAUCCUCAGGACACCAACCGCCCAGGUGGCCCUGGGGGAGGCAUUCACUUUUCCGUGUUAGAAAAACAUGACCAGAAAUCAAAGCUGUCAGAGCCCCGAAGCAGCUAAUGUUACACGCACUCCUGUGAUUAAAGGUUUUGCC